CCCACGACCUUCCCGAGUUCUUUGUCUUCUCCGCAUUGCCUCUUCAGUCAGCCUGAGACUCACUGCGACCGUUCAGCCGCCAAUCCGCUACAUAUCAAUCCCCUUUCCCCCGGGCCCACCAUCUUCCCCCCCAAAAUGCCAAAUCCAUCACAGCUCUUUCUCCUUGCAGAUCACAUCAAACUCUCCCUCCUAGAACGGCAACGAGCGAUCUCGUUGGAUCUGGAACCCAACAGCCAAGACGGCGAGAUCUCUCGCUCUUUGGAAUCUUUGCAGGACGGUAUCGAGGAUGUGGAAAGAGACCUGGCACAGCUUGAACAGGCAAACGAUGAUGGAGCUGCCGACUUGAAAGACCAGCUAUUCCAUCUGAAAUCGCAGUAUCAAGAUCUGUCCUCCCAAUUCGGCGGACAUAGCAACUCAGCCAACGCCAGCGGCCCCUCUCAGUCGCCUGAAUUUCCCAAUAUCAAAUCAUCCCCUGACCUUAAGCAACCGGUCCCGCAGCACCCGCCUUCGAAGUCAGUGCGGUUCAUGAACUCGGCUGCGGAAGAGGCCGAUCUCGAACGACAGAACCUUUUCCAGCCAUACCGCGACUCACCUUCCCCUCCCGGUGUAGACCAAUCUGACAUGUCGAAUGAACAAAUUUAUGACCAUCACAACCAAGUCAUACGCGAUCAGGACGAGCAACUAGAUCGCCUCGGUGAAUCCAUUGGGCGGCAGCACCAGCUCAGCAUUCAGAUCGGGGACGAGCUAGAAGGUCACGUGGCACUGUUAGAUGGCAUGGAUGGUGAUAUUGACAGGCAUCAACAUCGGUUGGAUGGGGCUAGGCGACGGUUGGACAAGAUCCGGAGAAGCGCGGGUGACAAUUGGAGCUGGAUGACUAUCGUCGGGUUGAUCAUCAUGCUGGUCAUCCUUAUUGUCAUUUUGAAAUAAACCCUAGAGCGUAUAGAGCCUCCGGUCUGGUUACACCUCACAUUCUUGUCGUGAAUAUUAGUCGAGGGACGUAUCCCUUUUUGAAGGCGCAGGGCGUUUCAUCUUGGACUGGAGUGACGGAUUCCCCCUAUAUAGUUUUUGUCGGAUUGUCUCGAUGGUUGAACCUAUAUGGUGUCUGGAGUAAUUAUUCAGCUACAAACAUGUUUCUUGUUCAACAGCAAUUCUUGUUUCAUUACCACGGAAUUCAGGAGUCUACCAUUAACCCAUCCCACAACAAUCAACAUCUUCGAUCUCAUAUAAACACACCCAAUAUCAUUCCUCAGGAGUAGUUUGCAGUUAUACAUGACCCAAUAAAGAUGAACAAAAGAGAACCCAACCUAAUUACAUCAAGUCAAGCACAUCCCUUCUCUUAAAUUUAGAACUUCAAAUUGCACCCUAAGACCCGGACCCGCAAAACAAAACCAGAAAGAGAGUUUUUCUUUUUUUUUUUUAAAAAAAAAAAUGGUCAGCACAAAAGGAAACCCAUC